GCAUGGUCGUUGAAACAAAAAGAGGCAGUUGGUCUCAGUAUCGCAAUGAAUACAUUGCUGCACUGACUGCCACACUAUCCCUCGUAGCAACAGUAGCUGCAGCCGGCUGGUCAUCUCCCGCAAUUCCUGCACUGAAGCGUGAAGAUUCACCAGUUCCUAUCACUGCAGAUCAGGGAUCUUGGAUAGUGUCCAUCCUUUCGAUUGGUUCAUUUUUCGGUCCGAUCAUUACCGGAUUAGUCGUCGAUGUUCAUGGUCGAAAACUAACUCUGUUGCUAUCGGUGAUUCCACUCUUAGUUGGAUGGAUCAUCAUCGGACUCGCUAGCAAUGUGCCAAUGAUUUACCUGGCGCGUUUCCUCCAGGGAAUCUCGUAUGGAACCGUUUACUCGGUAACCCCAAUAUAUUUGGGGGAGAUAUCAUCCAAUGCUAUUCGUGGAUCAACAGGGGUGCUUGUAACAGUGAUGGCAAAGCUAGCAUUUCUUCUUGAAUACAGCAUUGGACCUUUCGUUACAUUUAGAGCGCUUUCAUGGAUAUCUCUCUGCUUCCCCAUAGCAUUCUUAGCUACGUUCUUGUGGAUGCCUGAAACGCCGUAUUACCUACUUGCUCAAGGCAAUGACAAAGCAGCCUUGAACAGUUUGCGGUGGUUGCGUCGAUUAGAUGAUAAUUCAAUUGAGCUGAAUAAGGAGUUCCAACAGAUGAAGUCACUCAUCGAGAAGCAAAAGCAGAAUCAAACUUCAAUGGGAGCCUUGUUUGCAAAAUCCAAUCGAAAGUGCUUGGUGAUCAUACUGUUGCUGUCAUGUGGGAUGCAGCUUACUGGAAUCAAUGCUAUUCUUGGAUACUCGCAAACCAUCUUCUCGAAAUUGGAUAUGGACUUGAAAGCAGCUGAACUAUCGAUUAUCAUGGCGGUCGUGCAGCUGAUUGCUGUAAUAAUUCCAACCUUUGUAGUAGACAAAGCUGGACGUCGACCACUGCUAUUCAUCUCCAGUGGUGGAUCAGUUUUGGGAUUGGUCACGUGUAGUGUAUUCUUCACCAUGGAUACCCUGGGGUAUCCCGUUGAAGAGUUUAGCUGGGUUCCGUUUGUGGGUACCCUAUUUUUCAUCAUCUCGUUUGCCGUCGGUCUGGCAACGGUUCCGUUUGCCAUACUGGGUGAAGUGUUUCCCAAGCACAUCAAGGCAAACGCAAACGCUGUAUUUGCCAUGAUAACUUCGGUGGUUGUUUUUGCCGUGGUGAAGUUGUUCCAGGUCAUUUCCGACGGGGCAGGAACGUACGUGUCGUUCUGGAUUUUCAGCUUGUGUACCACGUGUACGGGCGUGCUGAUAUAUUUCUUCAUACCGGAAACCAAGGGAAAGUCGUUCGAGGUCAUUCAGGAGAUGAUGGCGAUGAAAGAGUUCAAACCGCAGAGUACAAAGAGAACACCACUGCUAUGUUGA